AGCCCCGGCCGGACUACAAUUCCCGGCGUGCCCCGCGGCGGCCCGGGUCGAUCCCCGGAGCCCUGGCUAGCGAGCGAGCGGAGUCGGUUAGAUUGGUCCCCGCGCCCCGAGCCCCGGUCCCCGAGCCAUGACGGACGGCACGUGCCUGCGGAGGCGGGGGGGCCCCUACAAGACCCCCCCGGCCACGGAGCUGAGCCGCUGGCGCCUGGCCAACGAGGAGGGCCGGCAGCGCUGGACGUACGGCCCGGGGGAUGAUGAGCAGAGGGCCCUGGAGGCCCACGCCGUGGGGCUGGACACGGCGAAGUACUUCGAGGAGCUGCCCCCCGCCCGCACGGCCGGGGAGGGGGCGUGGAAGGGCAUGAAGUUCUACUCGCAGCUGCAGGCGGAGGACGGCCACUGGCCCGGGGACUACGGGGGCCCCCUGUUCCUGCUGCCAGGACUCUUGAUCACGUGCCGUGUGACCAACACCUCCUUCCCAGCUGGGUACAAAGAGGAGAUUGAGCGCUAUCUGCGAUCUGUGCAGCUUCCUGACGGCGGCUGGGGCCUGCAUGUUGAGGAUAAGUCGACUGUGUUUGGCACUGCCUUGAACUACGUAUCUCUGAGAAUCUUGGGAGUUGGACCAGAUGACCCUGCCCUGGUGCGUGCCAGGACCAACCUUCAUGAGAAAGGUGGUGCUCUUGGAAUCCCUUCAUGGGGAAAGUUUUGGUUGGCCAUCCUGAAUGUUUACAGCUGGGAAGGACUGAAUACCCUCUUUCCUGAAAUGUGGCUCUUUCCUGCCUGGGUACCUGCUCACCCUUCAACUCUAUGGUGCCACUGUCGCCAGGUAUAUCUGCCCAUGAGCUACUGUUAUGCCAUGCGCCUGCAGGGCCAAGAGGACGAGCUGGUUCAGAGCCUCCGACAGGAACUUUAUAUUGAAGACUAUUCCAGCAUAGACUGGCCGGCCCACAGGAAUCAUGUGGCUGCCUGUGACCUCUACACACCCCACAGCUGGCUCCUGCGACUGGUCUAUGGAGUGCUUAACCUGUAUGAAAGCUAUCACCUAUCGAGCCUGAGGAAGCGUGCCGUGGCUGAGCUGUAUGAUCACAUAAGAGCUGACGACCAAUUCACCAAGUGCAUCAGCAUUGGCCCGAUUUCUAAGACAAUCAACAUGCUUGUUCGGUGGUAUGUGGACGGGCCGGCCUCCGAGGCAUUCCAAGAACAUGUUUCCAGAAUUCCAGAUUACAUGUGGUUGGGGCUUGAUGGCAUGAAGAUGCAGGGCACCAAUGGCUCUCAGCUCUGGGAUACAGCGUUCGCCAUCCAAGCCUUCCUAGAGGCUGGGGCUCACAACAUGCCUGAAUUUUCAUCCUGUCUAAAAGACGCACAUGAAUUCCUUAGAAUUUCUCAGAUUCCAGAUAAUCCUGUCAACUACCAGAAGUAUUAUCGCCAGAUGAACAAGGGUGGCUUCCCCUUUAGUACGAGGGACUGUGGUUGGAUUGUUGCUGACUGCACAGCAGAGGGCUUGAAGUGUCUAAUUCUCCUGCAAGAGAAGUGUCCUUUUAUCACAGACCCUGUCCCCAAAGAGAGACUGUAUGAUGCUGUCAAUGUGCUGCUGAGCAUGAGGAAUUCAGACAAUGGGUUUGCCACGUAUGAGAAGAAGCGUGGAGGCUGGCUCUUGGAAUUACUGAAUCCCUCAGAGGUGUUUGGAGACAUUAUGAUCGACUACUCCUACGUGGAGUGCACGUCCGCGGUCAUGCAGUCACUGAAGCAUUUCCAGGAGUGUUACCCUGAGUACAGGGCUGUGGAAAUCAGGCAAACUCUCACAGAGGGGCUGCGCUACUGCCAGCAAGUGCAGAGGGUCGAUGGGUCAUGGGAAGGGUCCUGGGGAGUGUGCUUCACCUAUGGAGCCUGGUUUGGAUUGGAAGCCUUUGCGUGCAUGGGACAGACUUAUGAUGAUAAUGGGGAUGCAUGUCCAGAGGUGAAGAAGGCCUGUGAAUUUCUGCUUUCCAAGCAAAUGGAAGAUGGAGGCUGGGGAGAGAAUUUUGAGUCGUGUGAGCAGCGGCGAUACGUGCAGAGUUCCACGUCCCAGCUCUUCAACACCUGCUGGGCCCUGCUGGGGCUCAUGGCGGCCAGGUGUCCCAAUACUGAGGCCAUUGAGAGAGGAGUAAAGUGUGUGCUUGGAAAGCAGCAGCCAAAUGGAGACUGGCCUCAGGAAAACAUCGCUGGGGUCUUCAACAAGUCUUGUGCUAUCAGCUACACGUCUUAUAGGAAUGUUUUUCCCAUCUGGACUUUGGGCCGAUUUUCCCACCUGUAUCCCCACAGCCGCCUUGCUGGCAAAGUGAUGCUGUGAGCCCUCAGCACAGCAAGCCAAGGCCAGGGCAGAGUCACAAGCACAGACCUUGGAGAAAAGCAUGGUGGGAUGCGGGCACCUCAGCCAUGGCCGGGGAACUGGAGGAGAUGCUUGUUUAGGUGCAUUCUGUUGUCAGGGCAAGGCUUCAGUCUGAAUCACCUUCCACAUUGCUUUUGGUUUGAAUCUCCCACGGGCCACAGCUCAGAUGUCUUCUAGUCAGCCUGAGGCCCUUUGUCUUUUCAGAGAGGUCCUUCUGUAAGAAGGUAGAGAAUGGAGCCAAGGAAGGAUCAGGUUAUCCCAAAAUCCCUCAUUCUUUGAGUCUCUCAUGUUCUUUUUGGUAGGAUGCUUCUGUCUGCCCAUUGUCUCUCCCCUACAAGGAUACAGAGUGUCUUCGUCACCACCCUGAGCAUGUCUUUGGCACUCCAAUCCUUGCCAAAUGCCAACCCUCACUGCCCUGGGUUUAGGAGCUGAAAGACUGCCCUGUUUUCCUUCCAUCUCUCCACAAAAAAAUCUCCCUUCAGGAGCUGGGCAGGUUCACAGAAAUCAUUAAGGGAUGAAUGGCUGGGGAGGCUGUAUGUUGUUGCCACAGUCUCCCAUCCCAGACAGGAACUCUUGGACUUAUGUAGUACUGUCACAUUUUCCUGGACUUCCUCUGACCUGAGUUCCCAGGACACCCCCAAACUUCCUCCUAAAAUAGACUGAACGAGAGGCGUUGGGUGACUUGACUUGAAACCUUUUUUCAUAUUUAAUGACAUAAUGUAGGCUUGCAAUUUUCAUUAACUUUCACCUUAUUAAUGUCUCCAUGUUACGUUUUGUAUUUUAGAAUGCUUGACCUGAUAGGUCUGGACUCUGCAGUACUCAUGUGUCCGUGCCCUCUUUGCUCUCAGCAGAGCCUUGGCCACCCCAGUGUGAAUGCAGGCCCCUGCCUCACUGUCCCUGCCCUUCACUUUUGCCAUCCUGAAAUUCUUCUGUUGUUGGGCUCUCACGGCACCGAGGGUGCCUGCUUGUACACCCCAUGGAGAAAAUGAUGAUAGCCUCAGUUCACAAGUCAAAAGAAGGUUUUAUUAUUUAUUUACCAGGGAAGUGAAUGAGCACCCCUCCCCUCUUCCUUAGAGUCGAGCUGGAUCUGUUGAUCGAUCUUUCUGUCAACAGAUCCCCUUGACGUAGCAUUGAACGCCGAGGCUGCUGUUUUGCUUGAACAGAGCCCCCUCCCCUCUCUGGGGCAAGACCCCCAUGGCUGCUCCUGGGCUUCCUGGUUGGGUCCAGUGUGUGGUGCUGUGAACCUUUCUUUCAGGGUCUCCCAGAAGGCUGAGCUGCUUCUUAUAUACAAGUGAGAUUUUUUUCAUGUGUCCAUGGAGACAUGAGCUUUGCAGUGGAAAUCAUCUUGUUUUCCUGGACUGUGAGGUCGAUCUCAGUUUCUUUUGCCCCUUCCUGGCCGCUUCGUCAGUCAGCCUCUAAUACAUGUUGAUUCUCAGAGGCUGACUGGCCAGCAUUGUCUGUGGGCCCUCGUUGUUUCCCUGGCACGGCGGGCGCUGCUUGGCAUGCCCGCCUUCCCUGCCCUAGCGUCGGUAGGGUUAUGGGUCUAGAGUUGGAACUUUCCGAUGGUCGCCCGUGUUCUUGUUUCAGAUUCAGGGUCUCCUUUUAUUAUCUGUAUUUUAGAACCUGCUGAUUCUUGAAUAUCUGAUUUUUGCUCCUCAUGGACCUAGUAUGAUAUCCCCCUCCCGGGUUCUCUCUAAUGGGAAGCAGAGGGUACUUUUCCCUGGCAAGAGCCCCAGGCUGCUCCUUUUGAGCUCCCCAUGGACAGCACUGCUCCCCUGACUUCUUACACUGCUGCCUGGUGCCAGGAGCAGAAGCGCUGCUCUUGCUGGGCAGGCGGGCUGGCAGAGCUGCUGAGGGCUUUGCCCAGGCCUAAUUCUCGAGGCUCUUCUUCUGGCAGUUUCUGCCCCACUCUGCGCAGGUGGUGGGGCUUCAGCCACAGCUAGCUCUUCAGCUUUUUCGCACAGGCUCUUGAGGCCACCGAGCUGUGUCUUCCCUAGAGCUCCUGCCGUUCCUGGCAGCUGGGGGUCCUGGGGCCUGCUGCCACCCUGGGUACGGCAAUCCUGCCCCUCCUGGCUUUGGCUGCCAGCAGUCAGGGCACGUGUUGUUCUCCAUCAAGAAUGGCGUUCUCAGCUGGGGCAGGGGUUUUUCCGUCUCUGAGCAAAGCCUUCCUCCUGCCAUGGCGGGGCAGUGGGGGUGGUCUCCAGAGUUUUUCUGGUCUUGGGUGGUUCUUUUCUGGACUGGAGACUUCUUUUACUGAGGCUGUCUUAGCAAAAUGUAUUCUUCCUCCUGAUCUGUGGCUUCAUAGGUUCUUAAAGAAUGAGAGCCCAAAGGGAAUUUAGAGGCCCAUUUCCUCUUGGAGACACCCACGGAGGGUUCCACAGAGCCACAAUUCGAAUCCACAUUCUCUGAUUCCAAAUGCACCCUUCCCCUGUCCCCUUCUGUGCCCCCAAGGCUGCUUCUGCCCACCUCCAGGCUCAUGUACAAGUAUGUUACUGUUCUCUUUGUCACUUAUCAGUGAACAUACCCCCAGAUACGUGAAGCAGGACGAAAAGAUGGCCACACAAGAGCCAUUUCCAAUUUAAAAAGUGUUAGAUGUCCCAAUUCAUCUGAACAAGAGUAGUUAAACCAGCCUCCUUGUGGUUGUGGCCUAUCUGAACCUCCUUUUUUUCCGCUGGGGGUUUUCUCGGUACUGAUGCUGCUGUGGCUCAUUCCCACUGCUUAGGCCUCAUUGUCUUCUCAGCACGGCUUCUUGGAAAUCUCCAGCCAGUGUGUGCCCACUGCCAGCGUCCCGAAGCAGACUAGCAGUGACUAGAAUCCCAGCCCAGGGCCCUUCUGGCUGUGUGGCCUCGGGCAGAUCACUUCUUCUCACUGGUCUGACCUGCAUUGGCAGUGAAGGGACAGCUUCAGUUUUUCCCCCAGGCCCCAUACAGUAGUAGUGAAGUAAUGAUGGCAGCCUGACUUAGAAGCCUUCCUAUGCAAAGAUAGAGUUAGCAGCCCUAUCUCCAGAGGGUGGGAAAAACUAAAGACUGUGGACGGCCUAGGUCGGAGGUCACCCCCUGGUUUCUGCAAGGACCGAGGCUGCACAGCAUUGUUUGGGAUAUCUGACAACUUAGUGGAUGCGAGAUGGUCCAUCUAAAGUGUUUUUCAGUCAGAUAAAGGUAAAUUGAGGAAACACAGCUUUUCAGGGGGGGUUAGUAUUUUCUUUAGAAAACUGUUGCCUCUUAAAAUUUUUUGAUGACAUCUCUUGGAGAGUGAAUUGUACGCUCAGAAAGUUGUGUUAACUCCUUACAGUUUGGAUUUUCAUGAGAGAACGUAGAGCAAAGAUUUUCCCACCUUAACCUGAUAGUUCUCUUUUUAUUUUGGAUCUAUUAGGGGUUUUUUGUUGUGCAGAAUGUGUUUGUAUAGGAUGAAAUCCCUCUAUCUGGACUCUUCCAAUUGAAUAUUUGUUGAGUGUUGCUAGCAUUUCCUACCUCUCCAUGACGGUGAUAGAGUAAACAUUCCUUUAGCUUCUGAUUUGGGUCCUGUAUUUUUACAACUUUUCAAUCACGGGAUAGAAUGUGAGCUCCUUGAGGGCAGAUACUGGGUUCUGGCUCCUGGCAAGGGAUCCUAAGUGCUUUGUAAAUAUUUGAUGAUUGAUUGAUUCAGAAUUGAUCGGGGUAAAAUGGGGGUGGGGCAGUCUUGCAGAAUUUUUACCUUUAUAAAAGGGGAAUAAUGAACUACUUAAUCUCCCAUUUUCCUGGAGUUGCCCAACCCCAGCCUCUGUGAUGGUUUGGUUCUAGUCCUGAAUAAGCUUGUCAGAAUCACGUUCAGCCCAUUCAGACUAGUUGGAAUGAACGAUGCCAACUGGCUGAGGGUAUGAUUGAAAGCCACUGGGCAAAACUGCUCCCCAAAUUGUUCACCCACAUAUAUUUUAUUCUCCUUUUGUAUAAUUCUUAAAGGAGUCUUUGCUGUUUACAUUAAUGUUUCAUUGUCUCCAAAUUCCUGUGUAUGGCAGCUAGCUGUUAUACAAUGUAUUUGUUCACACAGACAUUCCUCCAAUUACUGAUAGGAUUUACAGGUCUAGAGAUAAAUUAAUGCCCGAGUACCCAAUGAAUUUUGAAGCAGAUGACCUUUCCCUUUCUGUCACUCGUGGGUUUUGUUCAGGCUAUUAACACCAGCGGGGCUUUAUCUUGGGUUCUGCUAUUCUCCUGAAAUGAUUAUUUGGCUGCUUUGUUGUAGAGUCUCUUGGGUAUUCUAAAUAAAAAUUGGAUUAUUGAACA